CUUAAUAUUUAUAUUUUAGUUUUAGACUUUGUCAAGUUUUGAUGAGGAAUGAGGAUUAUUAAUUGCUUUUAAAAAUAAACAUUUAGCUGAACUUGUAUAAUAUUUGAUUUCUUUGCUUUAAUAAGGCUGUAAAAGUUACUUUCUGAGCAAUGACUUCGUCAGCUAUAGUAUCAAAAAAUCAUGUACAUUCAAUUCCUCUUUAUAUUUUGGAUGACAUUUGCAGUCGUUUCAUCAUAAAUUUACCAAAAGAAGAGCGUGCUGACAUGGUGAGAUUAUGUUUCCAAAUUGAAUUAGCUCACUGGUUCUAUUUGGACAAUUAUUGUACAAAUGAUGCUGCAAAUCCUUGUGGUAUUACGCAAUUCGCAGCACAUAUUUUCCAGCAUGUUCCUUUUCUACAAGAACAUAACAGCCGCAUGGAUGAAAUACUGGACACCUGGAGGCAAUAUAAACAAAGUGUACCAACAUAUGGGGCUAUCAUAUUAGAUUCUGAUUUGUCACAUGUGCUUUUGGUACAAUCAUAUUGGACUAAAGCUUCGUGGGGCUUUCCAAAAGGCAAAGUAAAUGAGGAUGAAGAGCCAUGGACUUGUGCUGCUAGAGAAGUCUUAGAAGAGACAGGGUUUAACAUUAGCAAUCUUAUCAACAAACAGGACUACAUAGAAACAUCAAUACAUGAUCAAAUUGUCCGCCUUUAUAUUAUUGGUUAUGUAUCUCGAGAUACUAAAUUUCAACCUCGAACACGAAAUGAAAUUAAAGCAUGUGAGUGGUUUCCUAUUGCUGAUUUGCCUGCAAACAGAAAAGAUAUGACACCUAAAGUUAAAAUGGGUGUAAGUCCUAAUGCAUUCUUUAUGGUUCUACCAUUUGUAAAACGCAUCCGAAGGUGGGUUGCAGAGAGGAAUCCUAAAGUGUUUUUUCGAAGAACUAGACAUAAGUCAAUGGGGGAAAUUGAAUCAAAUAAUAGCAAAAACAAAACAAUUUCACAAGGUCUUCAAAAUGAAAUUCAAGAAUAUCAACAAAAUGCUGGGCCACCCUGUAUCAAUGGACAUAAUGGUGUCCAUAAGUUAAAUGGAAACAAGAAAAAUGGGAAAAUGGCUAAGCGACAACUCUUCACUCCACAAAAUGUGAAUGGAACUCCAUUCUCUCCAGUACAGAGUUUGAGCUCAAAUACUGAUGAUGAAAUUUACAAUACAUAUUUUAAUUUUAUCUCUCCCUCUUGGAGCAAUUUUAAGUUUGACAGAAGAGCAAUUUUGGAUUGUUUGACUUGAAAGAAAUUACAAUGUUAUAGAGAUCAACAUCUCACUAUUUUACACUAUGCAAUAAAAUUGACAAAAUUAUUCAAAUACAUUAAUGAAUAAACUGAGAUAUAUGAAUGUAAAAUCAA